UAUCAACGGAAGAUUUAGAACCAGAAUUUGUCACUGAAGUAAUUAAGACAGUUGAAAGCAUUUUAUCCACUUCAACCCCAAAGUAUAUUGGAUCCUCUAAAAUGACAGGAUUAUCGUUUACCAAAUUUCUUCAAGGUUGUGUCGAAAAGAUUAACGAUACGUCAGAUUCCAAUGUUCAACUAUCAAUUCCGAACGAAUAUGAGUCUGUUAUUAAAUACAUUACACAACAAACCAUUGAUCAUUGUAUUCAAAUUUAUACAACAAAUAUGAAUUUAAAAUUUCAAGAAUUAUAUAAUGUUGAUGAUAUACGACAAGUUAAAGUAAUUAAUUGGAAAGAGUUUAAUGAAAUUCAUAUGGAAGUUUUUGCACAAGUUGAAAAAAUAUUUUUUAAUAGUAUCAUUGGAAAUGGAGAUCAUAUAAGGAGAUCUGAACUCAAAUUAAAUAAAUUAAUCAAUGAAAAAUUUGAAGAAAAUCGUAAAUCAAAUUCUAUGGCUUUAUAUGAGUAUAAUAUGGAAUUGGCUAAAAAAUUAUGGGAUUACCAUGUAAAAAUUGGUCUCUCCGCCGAUAAUUUCUUUAAGACCAAAGAGGAAUUUAAUGAUGCGAUCGAAAAUUUUGAGAGAGAUAUGUCUAAUAUUUUAAUGAUAGAUUGCCCAGAAACAGAUAUGAUAAAGGCAAAAUUUAAAUCUCAUGAAUAUCAGGAAGCGAUCACAGAAUUAAAUUCGUUGCAGGUUUUCAACAAUAAAUUGGCAGAUCAAAUUAAAGAAACUCGAAAGAUAGAAUUAUUAAAAGAGAAAACUAAAAGUUCUAUGAAAAACAAAUGGUAUUGGGUUAAAACAGUCGGUGAAGGGGUUAGAGUUGUAGUUCAAAUUGCUGAUUUGGUCGUAGAUAUGGUUGACAAUUGA